ACGUAGCCGUCGCUGAUAUGCUCAUCACAUAGCGCGAGAUCUAUCCGUAUCUUCCCCACACUAGACACCAUGCCCUUCACCCCGCAGUCCACCCUCGCCUCUGCGCCAGCGCCAGGCUCCAUCUACUUCGGCUACGGAAGCAAUAUGUGGCUCGACCAGAUGCGCCGGCGCUGCCCACACUCGACCUACCUCGGAAUCGCGCGGCUGAACGGCUACCGCUGGCUCAUCAACUCGCGGCACUACGCCAACGUCGCCCUCUCUCCUCCUCCAGUCAAGAAGGACGAUGCUGGAGGCGUGGUAUGGGGCCUCGUAUACCACCUCACCCCUGCCGACGAGGCCGCGCUCGACGUGAACGAGGGCGUGCCUAUCGCGUAUGAGAAAGCGUGGCUCCCGUGCGACUUCUGGGCUUCCCUCCCACCUCCCCCAAGUCCGAGUUCAGAUUCAAAAUACCCCAGCCACUUAGACGCAUCACCCCCAUUACCGCGUUCAUCAAACGCCACGGCCCCGCCGUUGUCCAAUACCCCGAUGCUUGUCUACAUCAACCACACAGACGCGACGGACAGCGACCCCGCGGCAGAGUACAUCGUGCGCAUGAAUCAUGCGAUCCGCGACGGGCUCGCAAUGGGCGUUCCAACGGACUACGUGGACGGGGUGAUGCGCAGGUAUAUACCCGCUGAGAACCCGGCGGAUGAGGAGACGGGGAGGUUGGCGGUGAAGAAUUCGAUGGCGUUUGUGGAUCCGGAUGAGGCGGUGAGGAGGGUGCAGGAGGCGGGGGCGGCGAGGCGGGUGUGAGGUGUGUGUUGGUAAAGUUCGAGUUUUUCCAGGGGUGAUAUACCUAUAUGAUAAGUUGGAUAGAUCGCUUGCGACAGAUUAUGUGCAUAUCCCUAGAGAUAUACCAUCAGGACUCUCGAUUGUACUUCGAUUGGAGAAUGUUCUAUCCCAAAGCACGGCCGAAUGCAGUACUCUGCUCGAGCGGCAAUUGUGAUCUCUGUCAUCUUUCCAUUUAUGCCGGUCAGCCAGCUUACUACACUAAAC